UGUGCAACGGGCUUUUUUCGCAUAACUGAAUCGGGCAUCAUGAGCGGUAAUGCGAUAGCUGAGGAGGACGGUGAGGCGGGUUAUGAUUGAAGGUGGCCGUGCAGCUCCCCUCAGCCCAAUUUGGGCACUAAGCGAAGAUUGGCGGAUGCUCGGCAGCAGUCUACAGUCCUUCUGCCUUUUUACAGGCGCGUGUGAAUGCGAAAGUUAGCUGUUGAGUUAGCCGGAAAGCGCAUUUAGCGCCUGAGAAAACCCAGCCACGGACUCUGCAUUGUAAUUAGGGGACAGAAAUAGCUCGCAAUGUGUAUCCCAACACCGCGGCGUUGAUGCGGCACUGACAGGCGGUGGUGGUGUGGUGCGGCGGCGGCUGCUGCUUCGCACACAGGCGGACCCAGGUAGCUAAGGUUCCCCGCUUCACCCAGAAGCGGCUGCGGCUGCGCUCCUCUCGAAAGCCGAUUUUAGGCACGAUGACAGGGCGCAGGAGCUGCGUGAACUCGCUGUGGUCGGGCAGCGAGCGGGUCCGCAUCGGUGAGCGGCUGAAAGCCACGCUGGCUGGGAUCAUGGAGCUGGACCUGCUGAGGGGGCGGCAGCUGGAGCUGGUGGAUACGGUUCUGGAUCAGAGCGGGAAAACCGUGGUGGCCGGCGUCGCUCAGCAGCAGGGGGCAAACAUCGAGAGCGUGGCCGAGGAUGGCGUCUCCACAGCCCCCAGGCAACAGACUCCAUCUCCAGCUGAUGCUGUGUUGCCAGGCUUUGGAGCUGUGGAUGGAAUCAGUUCACGUUGGUCCACUCUGUCCUGGGAUAUCCCGUCCGAACUUCUCUCUCCUCCCACUCCAGAGCCCACUGGCACCACUUCACUGGACUGUGACUCCAGACCCAGCUCAGGUUUUUACUCGGUCAGUGGGAGCUCUCUGUCAGACUCCUGUUACUCAGUGGCCAGUGAGGCAGCUCCUGGAGGGCCCGUUAAAAUGGGGGGAACCUGCAGGCCUCACUCUCUGGAUCAUAGUACCACCCAGUGGAGGGAGGCUGAACAGCAGAGUGUACAGAGCUCAGAGGAGACAGUAUCAAUACAAAAAGGAGAGAGGAGACCAGCUUCUACUGGUGAACUAGAGAUCGAUGGGCUCAUGUUUCUGACUGGCCUCUGCUCUAAUCUGGGAGGAACACAGAGGGGGUCUGUCCUUUCUACUUCCUCUACCAACUCCCAGCUGCAACUGGACCCCAAAUUCUGCUCCGACUUGGUCUCAAGGAAGACAAAAGAGGUGUACCCUUAUCCUAGCCCACUCCAUGCUGUGGCCCUGCAGAGCCCCCUGUUCACCUCUUGCCAGGACUCCUCCCCCACCCACCGCUCCCCCAGCCCGGAGGGGGACCAGCCUGGGGAACCAGAUCCUGCACAGCCCCCCGUGGGGACCCAGCCUCCACCUUCUCCAUCUCUCACUCAGCUGGAACAGUACAUAACCAGAUUAGUGCAUCAGUAUCACAGCAGGGUAGCUGCUGAGGCUUCAAGUCGAGCAUCUCAAAAGGCUGCUGCUGGUUCAAUUCAUGAAGGAGUCCACCCAAGAUGUUCUUCUUCUUCCAGUUUAACUGGGGGUAAUGCAACCCCAUGCAAGUCUUUGCUGGGCAAUUCUGCAAGAGUAAGUCUGAGCAGCAUUGGCAAAAAAGCUAGUCGCAAUUCAAUCAACCUUGGGAACUUGCCUUCUGUUACUGGGGAGGAUUUCAACAUUAGUUUUCACCUCAAUUUGAAUUUGAACUUGAAUCCAAACUUGAAUAAAGCACUGAGCAUUGAUUCUAAAAAUGUAAAAGAGCAGGUGUCUGGAUCCUGUGGACAUCUUGGCGCCAACCUAAUCACCCCGACUGCCUCACCAUCUUCAUCAUCAAACACAGUCACCAGCACCCCGAACUGGAGGAGCAGACCUCGCAUAUCCACUUGCCCUUCGACUGUCAGCCACCGUGGAUCUUUGGAGAUUACUGGAAAGUCCUUUGGUCCACUCAACUUCUCUAAAUCACUGGAUUGGAGUGGGGCUCCUCGAGAGGAGGCAGAAGGGUGUCCUCCUUCUAAAGCUUUAGAAAGUCCUGCCAAACUCAAUGAAGAUUCUGCAGUGGUGUGUGAGAUCUCAAGAGUUUCUGGGCUGCCCAAGUCAGUAGUGGUUGGGCUAAUGGAAGAAGGCGUGGAACUGGAUGCGGAAUCUUUCCGGAGUGAGAGAGAGAGAGGUGAAGGGUCGGCAUCUCCAUGUAACGCUCCUACACCUCGCUCUUCUCGUGCCUCUCUUCACUCCGCAUACGGAAUAGAUCGGCCUGGCUUGUAUUCAAGCUCAGUAGCCUCAAACCCCUGGGCAGGAAGUGGCAGCAUGGAACCGGACUUCAUUUCUCAGCAGCACCGGCUCCAAGUUGGUCAUUCAGAUUCCCAUUCAACAUAUACAACGCAGUCGAACAGUCCUCGCUCCGAUCACUCUGGUCCGACUCCUUCUCGCACUUCACCCAUCUUGCCGAUACCUCACAGUCACUCCGACUCUGCCUCUUCUCCUGGAUCUGCCUCCCACUCAAGAGUACACUCCCCUCCUCGCCUGCUCACAAAUUCACCAUUUACUCCUGCCCAGCUGUCUGUGUUUCGGCGGGACUCUCCGUCCCAGUGCUCUCUCCCGCACUUCCACCCCUGUGGCUCCCCGCUGGAAGGCGGCAUUAGGCCUCGCGGCGGUUCCCUUAGGCAGGAUGCUGGAGCUGCGGCUGGAUGGAGGUCUCAGGAGAGAGGCUGGAGGAGGAGUGGGGAUGGGGAGAGGCUCUAUCAAGGCAAGCAUGCAUCCAGAGAGCUGGUGCGAGCUUCAACAGUGAGUAGUUACUCAGGAAGAGACUAUGGCAGCUGCUGGGAGGAAGACGCAACCGUUCGAACUCCAAAAAAGACUAAGUUCUGGAAAGGGUUUGAAUCCCGACUUUGGGGGAAAGAGGAGGAGAUGGAAAGGGACAGGGAUGAGAGGGUUGGAACUUUUGGCUGGAGACAUGCCUCUUUAAAAGAAACUUCAAGUAGGGUUCAGGAGCGAAAAGACAACAACUCAUCUAGAAAGAAAGGGACAAGCUGGGAUGGCAGAAGCUCCAGUCUCCGCUUAUCCAGGAGAGCACUAUUCCGGAGUGAGUCUCAGGGAUUUUUGGAGCCCCGUUCUCAAAAACGUGAAGUUCGUCUUCACAACAGCCAGUGGUGUUCCUCCUUUGAGAUCAGUCGAGAAGGGAGAGGUACAGAGUGUGGGCGGAAUCUAGUGAGGAAAGAAGAAAAACAUCACUCUUCCACUGCAAGUCUCUUCCAUCUCUCUCGCUCACAGAGCCUCGAGGGAAGCAGUCACUCACUCUCUCCUCUUUCUUCUCCAUCCCUAUCUCCCUCUCCACCUCCAUCAGCCCCUCUUACUCGUUCCAGAUCAUUCCGUGACCUUGGAAGGAAAGUUUUUGGCUCAAUGAGGUCCCUCAGUUUCAAUAAGAACCACAAGUCAAAAAAGAAAGACUAGUACGAACUGUAGGCAAUCAUUUUACAGUCUAAGGAACAGUUACCAGGACAAGACAAAACACUCAAGCCGCACUACAAACGAGUCGAGAUCUUCAAAUGAACACUGAUUACCACUGAUGAUGUGAUAUUGUAGGACUGUGCAAUUACGUCAAAAAUGAUAGUUGCAAACUGAUACUGUGAUAGCGAUUCUUAAUUGCUCUGAAUACAUUUCUUACAGAAACUUUAAUAGGAACCCUUAAGAUUGGCAGUGCACUUACAGAGCAAAUAAUAGAUAUUGUGACUUCAUUUGAACACUCAUUUCACGCGCUGUAUAAUCUAGAAAUGUUUAUUUGACUAAAAUGCACUAGUUACAGUCUUUUGCAAGUAGUUAAUUGCAAACCAAAACCAUGAUUCCAUUUAAUGUACGAUAAACCCCGCCGAUCCACUACAUAGGCUGGAAUCAGGAUUAUUUGUGUUAGGUUGAAAAUAUGGGAGGGGGGGGGGGGGGUGUCAGUACUGCCACUUUACACAACUUUGUAACAAAACAGGUAUUUGGAACAGCUAUUCUUUCUGCACGUUUAUGUGCCACUGCAUGCUACUCUGUGCUGUGUCUGUGCACUAUUAUAUUUAGUGUGUGCCAGUGUGCUUUUUAUUCUAGAAAUACUUUGCACUAUACACAGUGUAGUGUGUAUACUGUAAGUAUUUAAUUACUUUACGUAUAUAUUGCACACUUGUAGACCAAAAUCACAGAAAGUACAAUAUGUUGCAUAACUGUGUGCUCAGGACAAUAAAAUAAGAUUAUAAUGUAAUAAUUUGAAAUUAUUAAAGCAUUUCAGUGUUUAAAAUGGCUCAAUAUUAAUAAAGAUUUAAAAAUAAAAUGUGA